CUGAAUUGACACUGGCCGGCCGACCCACAUAGCCGGUGUGUUGGCUCUAUAUCUAGGCCACUGGUCAUCAGUGGUAAAUUUAUCCAGUCUCGGCAUGUCCACUUGUGCAUAACCUGCAUUCAGACUGGGCUGGUAAUGAAUCACGGAUCGCCAGAGCCUGUACUAGGCUGCGGUUAUUCAAUUCCUAGCACUGGCUGGCUGCCCGCGUACACAUGUGGCUGUAUAGUGAGUGAAUCGUGAAUAUCAUCACUGUGAAUGUGGAAGUACACACACACAGACUCACUGAGACACACACAGAGACAGAGAGAGAGAGCGAACUCAUGGAGAUGUUUGUGUGAUGGAAACUAUAACAUGUUGACUGUGUGUACGUCCAUGUGUGUGUGCCGCUGGUGCUCAUAGCUGUUGGAUAAUCCUCAUUUCCCUCUUGUUAACUGGAGUGUGGUGCAAACAAACGGUGUAAACAGAUUUCAUACAUUCACAUUUUUCUGGACGUGAUACUUGCGACACCGGUGAGGAAUGUUUUCAGCCCACAGGUUGCCGGUGAAAGCAUUGACUGAUUCACAGUAAUGACAGCGUGUGUUGGAACUAUGGAUUGUACUUGGAUAUCACUUCACCAGUCAUAACUCCUUCACACAAGUCUUGAAGACUUGGCAACAAUGAAGAAGUCAGAUUGGCAUGAUAUUUCCUGAUGUGAAGGUAGAAAAAGAUGAACCAUAACAUGGGGACCCAACCAAUCGUCAGCGACUCUGGUCAUGGACCCUCCUCCAAUCAGGACACUGCUGCCAACGCUGCCAAUCAGCAAGAAAUCUUUCAGCGCCUAGCAGUGAAAUCCAUGUCAGUGAUGCAAGUAAUGCCGGAUCAAAGCUACGUCAGUUACCCAUCCGAUGUGUACACCUCACAUUACGGGGCCAUGUUUGAUGCGAAGCCAACCUACUUACAUGUGUCUAAGGAUGGUCAUCUAUACGACCCCACACCUCAGAUGUACAGUGAUCUUCAGGUCGCACAUGGCAUGACUGAUUCGAACAUGUCACCGUCACCACCCCCUCCCCCACGCAUCUACAAGCCCUGCGUUGUAUGCAAUGACAAGUCAUCUGGAUAUCACUAUGGUGUCAGCUCGUGCGAGGGGUGUAAGGGUUUCUUCCGGCGCAGUGUUCAGAAGAACAUGCAGUACACGUGUCACAAGGACAAACAGUGCCAUAUCAACAAGGUGACGCGCAACCGGUGCCAGUACUGUCGACUCAUGAAGUGUUUCUCCAUGGGCAUGUCCAAAGAAGCAGUUCGGAACGACAGGAACAAGAAGCGUAAACAGAAGCCGGAGGGUACGACGGGUGGCCAGGAUGACCUGACGGAAGGGGACCAGUCAUUGAUACAAGAUGUGCUCGAAGCUCACAGAACCACGUAUUCCUAUGACCGUGACAGCAGAACUUCAUCUCCGGGUGCUAGUUGUGACAAAGAUGGAGAAAGAAAUAUUUUGUGGGACAAUGUUGGUGAACUGUCAUCUGAAGGCAUUGUUAGAAUUGUGGACUUUGCUAAAAAGAUUCCCGGGUUUUUAACUUUAUCACAGUCAGAUCAAAUAACAUUACUGAAGGCAGCUUGUUUGGAAAUCAUGAUAUUACGGUUGAGCACGCGCUAUGACAUGGAUGCGGAUGCUAUGAGUUUUUCCAAUGGUCUCAUGUUAAACCAGGAACAGCUGAAAAACGGGGGUUUCGGCUCACUGACGUCCACCAUUUUCAGCUUCGCCUCUUCUUUAAAAAGCAUGAACACCGAUGAAACCGAAUUUGCACUUUUAGCAGCUAUUUGCCUCAUCAGCGGAGAUCGUUCUGGCUUGCAAGACAUUGACAAGAUUGAACAGAUCCAGGAGCCCAUGUUGGAAGCAUUGAAACACUAUAUCCGGUCGCGGCGCCAGGAUCAGCCACACAUAUUCGCCAAACUGCUGAUGAAGCUUACUGAUCUACGCAGCAUUAGUGUCAAAGGUGCUGAACAGUUAUUACAUCUUCGUCUGGAAAUGCCUGGCCAGUUACCUCCCCUGGUAAUGGAAAUGUUAGUACGUACUGAAAAUGUUUGUAUUCCUUGAUGACGGUUUAAUGUUUAGGAGUAAACUCAUUUUUUACCUGGGGUGAACAGUUUACAUCUCGAGUGAACAAUUUUCCAUCUCAAGUGAAUCGUUUCCAUCUCAAGUGAACAUGUUUUUCCAUCUCGAGUGAACUGCUUCCAUGGAGUGAACAUGAACAGUUUUCAACUCGAGCAAACAAUUUUCAACUCGAGUGAACAAAUUUAAACUCGAGUGAACAGGUUUCAACUGCUGAUGGCAGCUUGCACAAGUGUGAUAAUGUUACCAAGAUGGCCGACCUCACAAGGUCUCUCUGGAUGAAGGUGGAAUCUAGCAAAGAUAUGUAUGCAGUUCUCUUGUUUCUCCAUUCAAACAUGUCUGGUACCGGUGUGAGCAGUAGACUGGGCAGUUACAUAAAGAUGACUCGUUGGUUUGUCUGAAAUCAGCAGACGUCUCUUGACACCGACAGUAUAUAGACUUGACACUGGUAAUGACAGUGAAUUGCACUGUUGGUGAGAUGACGUAACAUUGAUAUUAAAUUGAGAAGUUGAUAUCUCAGGGAUUUACCAUUGUUCUGUGACAUACUCAAAAGAAACUGAAAGUUGUGAUGAAACCAAGACACACCACACACACACACACAGAUGCCAAAGGCUAUGCAGAUCAUCACCAUAUUGGAUUAGUUGCCAUGACAACAAAGGCUCUACAGAUCAUCACCGUAUUGGAUUAGUUGCCAUGGUGACAAAGGCUCUACAGAUCAUCACCAUAUUGGAUUAGUUGCCAUGGUGACAAAGGCUCUACAGAUCAUUACCAUAUUUACUUAGUUGCAGAUCAUCACCAUGUUGGAUUUGUGGUUGUGGUCAUGGAACAGAAUGCUUUGCAGGUUUUCUACCAUAUUUAAAUUGUUGCCGUGGAACCCAAGGUUAUGUAGGUCUUGGUACCAAUGGCAGUGCAUGUCCACAUCAUAGAUUUCUGUAUACUGUACAAAUAUAAUACCAGAUAUUGCCAUUACAAAUGUGUCUAAAUGUGGCUAGAAAGAACAAUUCAAGAUCCAUUUAAGUGUAACAAAGCUUGCAGGCUGAACAGAACUGUAAUACCAAAUACGUUAUUUGGAAAUUUCCUAGUCUAUACAGUGGAAAAUAACCAAAUAAAGUAUGUGGUGAAACCCUAGUGUAUACAGUGGGAAAACAACCAAAUAAAGUAUGUGGUGAAACCCUAGUGUAUACAGUGGGGAAAACAACCAAAUAAAAAGUAUGUGGUGAAACCUAGUGUAUACAGUGGGGAAAUAACCAAAUAAAGUAUGUGGGAAACCCUAGUGUAUACAGUGGGAAAAUAACCAAAUAAAGUAUGUGGUGAAACCCUAGUGUAUACAGUGGGAAAACAACCAAAUAAAGUAUGUGGUGAAACCCUAGUGUAUACAGUGGGAAAGGGGAUAAACUAGCAUUAUUGUUGGAAACCUUUACAGUAUGCGGCAUAACAGUAAAGUUAACUAGCAACCUAUGGGUGGGUUUUUUCUUCAAGUUCUGUAAUUAUCCAUUUUGAACACUACAACAGUGAUAAUUACCCAUCAGGCUUUGUGCCAGAAAAUAAUUUGAGGGUACGUAAUAGAACAACAAAGUGCCUAUACUAGAUGGUUAUGGGUUUAGAAUCUUUGGAAACUGGACUCUACAUUUCAUGUUCUUCGACAAAUGUUAAACUGCAGUUCUCUAAAUUACUAAAUCUUUCUAAAAAAUAUUAAAAUUAUUAAUUUACAAGAUUUUAGGGUAUAUAAUUUUAACAUUCAUAUCCUCUGACAGAAACUGUGCCAACACAUCCUAGGGAGUCAAAUGUUGGUUCACCGGCCUCGGUGGCGUCGUGGCAGGCCAUCGGGGUACAGGCUGGUAGGUACUGGGUUCGGAUCCCAGUCGAGGCAUGGGAUUUAUAAUCCAGAUACCGACUCCAAACCCUGAG